AGAGCAGCCUGCUGGAUUUUCAUCUGAGGAGUGAUGACGCAUACACACACGGGAGAGGAAACACAAGAUCAAGCUGCAUCACAGUCGAGCUCACUGGGGUCCAUCUGAAGUCUGACGUGCCAGCAGCAGCCACAUCUUGGACUCUUGUCAGGAUGCAAAUCAGGAGACUCCAGAUGCUGUUUGGCGUAUUUGUAUUGUCUGUAGGGUUUUGGCUGGACAUAGGAGUGUGCACUGCAGCGCAAUCAGAGAUGAGAAUCACAACCAUAAAGCAAGAGCCAUAUGCAAUGUCCAAAGGUGCACAACUGGAGGGCUUUUGUAUGGACCUGCUGUCUGAAGUAGCCAAGAAACUGGGCUUCAAGUACAAAGUGCAUCUGGUGAAAGACUCUUCAUAUGGCAGACAGGAUGAGAGCGGGAACUGGAAUGGGAUGAUUGGAGAGGUGGUGAGAGGGGAGGCCGACCUUGCGAUUGCUCCGCUGACUCUCACUGCAGCUCGGGAGAAAGCGGUGGGGAUGACCAAACCGUUCAUGCAGACAGGAAUCAGCAUCCUGCUGAGGAAGGACAUCUCAGAGGGAGCAGGCUUCUUUGAUUUCCUGACUCCCUUUACAGCCGAGACCUGGAUCGGCAUACUCAUUGCCUACCUGGGGACUGCUGUUUGUAUCUUUAUAGUUACCAGACUCAGCCCAUGCGAGUGGAGUCAGCCUCAGACUGAGCAGAACAGAUUCAGCCUCCUCCACAGCCUGUGGUACACAGCUGGAGCUCUGACUCUACAAGGUGCUGGCCCUCACCCCAAAGCUCUUUCAGGACGCGUCAUCUGCUGCAGCUGGUGGUUAUUUACCAUCGUCCUCCUGGCUUGUUAUUUCUCCAACCUCAACUCCUCUAAGACCUCUGAGUCCACUCACCUGACAGUGAAAGGGUUUGAGGACUUGGCCAAUCAGGACAUGAUUGAGUACGGCUGUUUGGCCGGCUCCUCCACUCUUUCCUUCUUCAAGAAUUCAAACAACCCAGUGUACCGCAGAAUCUAUGAGCACAUGGAGAGAACUAAGAGUUUUGUGUCAUCUAUGGACGAAGGGGUCCGACGUGCAAAAGAGGGAAACUUUGCCUUCAUCGGAGAGUCUGUUUCUUUGGACCUGGCAGUAGCACGUUAUUGUGAGCUGGUCAGAGCACAUGAAGUCGUUGGAAUGAGGGGAUACAGCAUCGCUGCCCCCCUUGGCUCACCCAUCAUAAAGAACCUCAGCGUGGCCAUCCUUCAGCUGAGUGAGGCGGGGGAGCUGGCUUACCUGCGAAGCAAAUGGUGGGCCAGCAGCUGCCUAGCAAACAGGGCCAAGUCUUCAGCUGUGCAGCCACACAGCCUCAAAGGGAUGUUUCUGGUUCUUUCCCUGGGCCUGGGGCUGGGUGCACUGCUGGCUGUCCUGGAGCUCACCUCCAAGAGCCGCAGAAGUGCAGCUGAGCAGAAGAAAUCCUGCUGCUCUGUGCUGACUGAAGAACUGAGUCUGCGCUUGAGGACCAGCGAUGCAAACAAACCUCAAGAAAAUGUUGAAAAAGAUAAAGAAAAAGCAUAAAAAUAUCUGAGAAACAUUUUUUAACAAGUG